CCCAGCUGGGCAGGACCCUGGUGUUGAAGCUGGAGGGGCGGGGUGAAUACGACCCCGGAUCCGGCUCUCGGACUCCUUUGUGCGCUUGCUGGUGGUUGGAGCAGUGGUAGAUUGCUGGCUGUGAGUUAGUGACUGCACUGCAUAUUGCAGCAGGACUCCACACCCUGCACAUGCAUAUUUAAAAAGGAGCCGCAAUCACAUCUGAGUUUACACGCCCAUCGCCUUUCAACUCUUCAAGGGACCCUGUGUGGUGUGGUGUGGUGCCGGGCAGAAUGGGACAUCCUGGCGCCCUGAGCUCUCACUGAGGAGUCAGGCACCAGCAGGCCAUGCAGGGAGAAGCCUCAGCAGGGGCCAUCGGCAUGGAGCAGGUGAGCCAGUGGGGGGCCGAGAGCCCACACCUUGCCUCGCUGCGCAGGUCAGAGGUCACGGGCGGCCCCUCCCAGGGCGAGGAGGGAGGGGUGGAGAGGAGGAAGAGGAGGAAGAAGAAGGAGCCAAGACCGGAGUCCAUCAUUGUGUACCGCUCAGAGGCAGAGAAGGGGGUGAGUGAGGAGUCACCGGCAGAGGAGGGGAGUGAGAAGAGCGGACAGGAAGGGCCCAAGUUCCUCAGCACUCCCACAGGUGAGGCUCUCACAGGAGGCUGGAACGCUCCCCUGGACAGCCGCUACGUCACUCUGACCGGCACCAUCACCCGGGGGAAGAAGAAGGGCCAGAUGGUGGACAUCCACGUGACGCUGACUGAUAAAGAGAUGCAGGAGCUGGCCAGGUCCAGGGAGCCUCUCCGGAGAGAGAGGGAAGGCGAGGAAAGCAAGCGGGCCUGCCGGGUGGGGGCUGGCCGCGGGCCCCACGUCCUGCUCUGGAGCCUGUCCUGCACGCCCGUGGUGUUCCUGCUGUCGUUCGUCAUGUCAUUCUACUACGGGACCAUCACCUGGUACAAUGUCUUCCUGGUCUACAACGAGGAGCGGACUUUUUGGCACAAAAUCACCGUCUGCCCCUGCCUCAUCAUCUUCUACCCCAUCCUCAUCGUGACACUCUCCCUGUCCCUGGGGGUCUACACGGCCGUCACCCAGGUGUCCUGGGCCUUCGCCGAGUGGUGGCAGGCAGUCCGAGACCUGGAGAAGGGCUUAUGUGGCUGGAUCUGCGGAAAGCUGGGCCUGGAGGACUGCUCCCCCUACAGUAUCGUGGAGCUGCUUGACUCCGAUAACCUGUCGGGCAGCCUGCAGGGCAAGGGGGGCCCUUCACAGGGGCUCGAGACCUCCGCUGUCUGAGUCCUACAGCCUGUUUUGUGUCGUUGUUUCUCACAGAACAGUGGCUCUGGUUUAUCACAGCUUUUUACUUUGAUGUGCAGUAGUGGUGAAGUAGAGAAUGAAAUCUGGCUAUGCAACCAAAUUGCCACAGAAAUGAAAGAACAGGUAGCUUAAAAGGAGUUUUUGUUUUAGCUUUUGAUGAGGUUUGUAAUCAUUGGGAGUGUUACUUAUCUGGCUACUUUCUGAAAUCUAUUCGCUUCAAAUCGGCAUUGUCGCAAUUUUGUUCUGAAAGAAAAAUACACCAGUCCUAAAAUGAACAAAUGCUACUUACCUGAAGAGCCUGAAUUAAACGUAGGAUUUGUUUAUUUCAGAUUUGGGAACUUUUUAUUGUGUGCGUUCUUUUUUUCUGAAAACAUUUUGCUGCAGACAAAUUAGAAUAAGUAGCUUUGAAAAUCUAGCCCAUACAAGUGCUUUAUCCUGAGCUGCCAGAUUCUCUCUUUCAUCAUUGCUGUAUAUGUAACCUAGGCUAGAUAGCUGCCAUCUAGCGUGUAAAGUAACUGCACUAAGAACCACUCUGAAGGAUUGCAAACAUUGCAAAGGGGACAGAAAAACUAAAUCGAAUGUAAUUUGAAUCUACGUACUCUUUCAAACUAGUCUUAUUAGGGGUUUCAAGUUUAACCUGUACAUACUUCCUAGAGCUUGGUAAUGCUAAAUGUUCAGUCUUUCAUGUGUCAACUAAAAUAAACAGAUAACGGCCCCUACAUUCAUUCAUUUGCUUCGUUGUCAUCUGAACUUUUUAUAUUGGUACAUUCAGUAUUACUAACUACAUGGGGAGUACUGUUAGCACUGUAGAGGUUAAUUACACAAGUUACCUUUUUUAUUGCAAGGAUUGUGCUUUGUUGUGCAUAGCAAGUCUAAAAUAUGAGUUAAGUGCAGUUGGUGUACAUGUUUACAACUUUACAACUGUGGAGAACCUAGUUUUUACAUAUUUAAGAUGGAAAUGUAGUAAUAUUAGAGUUUUUCCUUUCACAAAAGGAAGUAUUAUAUCUUUGAUAAUGUCUUUCUCUACUGAUUUAUUUUGAUCGCUUUAAAUGUAAUUUGAAUUCCUUUUUGUACAUUACUCAUUCUGUUUGAUGGCGUUUGCAACCAUUAUGCCUGGUUAUGGGUUCUGCUUGUUCAAUAUUGCGUUUCAUUUUUCUGUAAAUCUGUCUAUCUGUUUCUGAAUUUGCUUUCAGCCUGUCUGGAGAAUCUGAACAGUCUUUCUUGUUGCAUUCAAAUCAUGUGAUAAUGUGACCUUUCAACUCCCUAAACCCACAACCACUGAGAAUGAUUGCAAACACUAUAAAGACAGUAAGGGACAGUGAAAUAUAUUUGAAUCUCCUUUCUCUUUAAUGUAGCUGCACUUUCCUACUGCUGGUGUAGUUUCAUUUUCAAAGAAAACUAUUGUUAUUUGCUAUUUAUAUACAGUGUAUUUUAGUGUUUGGUAAAGCGGAUAAAGUCUUUAAAAUGUUUUUAAAAAGUACUCCAUGGUUUCAAUUUGAGUCCGCUUGUAGCAGAAUUUACUUAUACAUAUCUCAUGUUUUAGUUCUCCAUUAAAAACGUUUUUUUGAAUUCCAAACUGCUUGACAAGUUGACAGUCCUGAUGUAUUUCUACUACAGACAUGGUUCUAUUUUAAUGAAACUGUAACUUUAAAUGGAGGCAGCAAUACAUGAGAACGUGGCUCACCACUGUAGCUGGGCUGAACUUGACAGCUUCUAUCACUGUUGAAUACGCUGAUUUGCCUAUUCAGUUUACAAUGUGUUCAACUGGCUAGGUCAGUAUUGAGUUUUCUGCAAUAUACUUGCCUACACUUAUUCCAGUACUGAGUUCUCAAUACUUUCCCCAAAACCUGCUGGCUUUUUUUUAAUAUUAUUACUCUCUGCUCUGAGUUCUCUAUUAUACUCAUGUGUGGCUCUUCAUAAUAAUGUAUUGUAUUGGCUCUCUUUUGGAUUUGGUUAUCUACGUUAUAUGCUGGCUGUGUAAUAUUAUCAGCACUCAGUUCUCUGUAUUGAAUUUACUGGUUCUCAACUCUUCAGUACUCUGAAUUAGUCAUUACUACAGCUUUAAUUUGACUAGAAACCUGCAUUAGCAGGGUUUACAAUUGAGCUUUGGAAUGAGAUGGAGGUAAACUCUCUAAUUUCUUAGCCUGAUGCUUAUCAUAAGAAGUCACUGAAGAAGUGAUGAACCAAGGCUUCAAAAAAUGUCUUGCCUCUUUUUGGCACUAGAUCAAUUGUCUCCCUUUUCUUGCAUGCGAGGCAGUGUUGGAGAAGUUCCUUUUAAAAAGUAAUCUGUUACUUGAACAAAAAUGUAACUAGUUACAGUAACUUAUUACCUUAAAGAAAACUAGUUACAGUUACAAAUAAUUACUUUCCGGCCCAUUUUACAUUUUACUGAGAGAUUUUUUUUCGGUUUGGACAGGCUGCAAGAGGAAAUCACAAGCAUGUUCAUGUGACAUGGAAGGUUUGACUUGGACUUUUUGAAUCACUUUCUGAUUUCCAUGUUCUGCAUUAGCCAUACUCCUAAAGUAACUACAACUAACAAAGUUGCAAUUAUGUGUUUGAAAAUACACCCCUCUCCAAAGCUAUAGCAAAGAUGUGCUGAUUUUUUACUGUGCACCCAGAUGACUGGCUAUGAUAUUUGUUCCCAUUUUCCUCUAAUUUAUUAACGUGAUUAUUUAUUUAUUUAUUUAUUCAUUCAUUUAUUUAUUUAUAUCUAUGAGCAGCGUUUCACAUUGUAUAUCAUUCCCCACUGCUGAACUUGUUUAAACCCACUGCUUCAUACACAGCCAUGAGAAGCAAAGUGGAAUGGCCUGGGCAGUGCUUUACAGCAAAGCCACACAGACAUAUUGAGCUGGGCCAGACACCUACUGAAAUGGCUUAUGUGAUGACUGUGACACUGUAUACCUAUCUCAACCUUGGCACACCUGAAGGUUGUUUUUGAAUGGAGUGCAUGUUUUGAGUGGGUAUAAACUUUGGUGGCACUUUGCUCAUGUUUCCUAUUCAAACUGGGUCACUUUGACCCUCACACACCCUGAAUCUGCACAGCGGUACACUCUGCUCCUUUCUUUGCUAAAAGCCACAUUACUGUAACCCUGAUUGCUUUGAUUAUUUUUUGAGACAUGUAAUGUGUUUCUUUUCCUAUAAAGUUUUUUUUUAGUUCUUACUUUUUUUAGGCAUCCCUGUUAUUGGAGCUUACAUGGUUUUGUAACUACAUCAUUACAGAUUUGUAUUUAUUUAUUUAUUUUUCCCCCAACAGCACAUAAACUCUUUGAGAUGCUGACUUCAUAUUUUCGGUGCAACGGAAACGCCUUUGACCUGUCCCCUGAUUGCUUCCCUGGAAUCAGAUUACAUGACAUUCCAAAAUAUAAAAUCCUAAAAUGUACUAUUCUUAACCUGUAAUCUUAAAUAAUAAAAAUAUUUACAAUUUUUAAA